UAUAAUAUGUGAGGAGAAGGGGGUUAGAAUAUUAUAAAGAAAGAAAGCGAGCGCUCUUCACCUCCGCCACCGCCUCCGCCAUCGAUGGACUCCGACCCUCGUCCUCCUCUACCUUUUGCCAGCGGGCCUCCUCCCGCCAUCUCCUCCUCCUCCUCCUCCUCCUCUCACUCCCUCAGUGUGAGCCUCUUCAUCAUUGCUGCCAUCAUCGCCGCCGUCGCCGUCACCUCCCUCUGCAUCCACCUCCUCCUCCGCUUCAUUGCCUCGCGCCGCCGAUCUUCCUCCUCGGUCUCCGCACUUCCCCAUCCCUUGCCCUUCGUCGAUUUGGCCUCCUCCUCCUCAGCCUCCAGCGCGGCCGAAUACAGGGCGAACGCGGCGGCGCUCAUCGAUACGCUUCCUGUCUUCACUUUCUCCUCGGCCCUCGCCUCCCUGCCCAAAUCUUCGCUCGAUUGCGCCGUCUGCCUCUGCGCCUUCCACCCGGACGACGAACUCCGCCUCCUCCCGGCCUGCCGCCACGCCUUUCACUCCUCCUGCGUCGAUCCAUGGCUUCACACCACCCCUUCCUGCCCGCUUUGCCGCGCCUCCAUUUCCCUCCCGGCGCCCCCCUUGAUCCUGCCAACGUCUCCUCCUGUCACAGGUGACCAGAGCGCUUCGAGAUCUGGAAGCUUCCGAAUCGAGAUCGGAAACGUGAGUCGCCGGAGAACCCUCUCGGCUGACGAUCCUCCAAUCCCUCCGCCACCAGAACCGCCGCCGCCGCACCAGAGGACAUACUCAAUCGGGUCGUCGUUCGAGUACAUGGUGGAUGAGGAGGUGGAGGCGGUGGUAUCGCAGAUCACCCGGCGCAUCGAGAAGCUGGAAAAGCGGCGGGAAGAGUCCGGAUCCGAGGCCGCAGCCGCGGAGCCUGGGGACACUGUUGCGGCGGCCGCGGGACGCUCGGGGACCGGCGGGUGGCUAAAAGACUACGUGGAUCGUCUGGCUUCCUCCGCGUCCUCGUCCUUCUCCUCCCUCCGCUUCUCCGGCCGGUGGAGCCACCGCUACGACGGCGACGGCGGCACCGGCCGGAACUCGUGGGACCUAGAGGGUAGCGCUCGGCGCGAAGCGGAGGCAGGCGGUUAUUACGGCUUCUACCGGUGGCUAAUAGGGGCGUAAUCGUCAUUCCACGUGUUGCUACCCUUCAUACCUCUCCGCUGCCGCCACGAAAGUUUCUUUUGAAAAAAGCCCGUACACUUGUUUCUAUUCACAAAACUGUCCUCGAACACAAUUGCCCUGUCCUCCUCGGAAAUGUUUUGUUGGAGUCUGGAGCCGUGGACAAUUACUGCCACCGCAACCGCAAGGAGUCUCUUUCUAUUACUGUUUUUUACUGGUUCUCGAGGGCCGGGGAAUUUAUUCACCUGUAAGCAUUUUUUGUGCGUGUUCAGAAAACGGAGAAGCGAGGGAGGACGACAGGGAGUUGGGUUUUGUUUUCUUUAGGUUUUUUCAAUAGGUAAAUAAAAGUAAUAACUGCAGUGCACUGCAACUGCAUGCUUAA